AUGAAGUUCUCCACCGCGCUUCUGCCUCUACUGGCAGCUCCUUUCGUCGCUAGCGAACAUACAUCCAACUGGGCCGUCCUCGUCUCGACAUCACGCUUCUGGUUCAACUACCGACAUCUCGCCAAUGUACUCUCCUUAUAUCGCACCGUCAAGCGUCUCGGGAUCCCCGAUUCGCAAAUCAUCCUCAUGCUGCCUGACGACAUGGCGUGCAACCCUCGUAACGCCUUCCCUGGAACCGUCUACAACAACGCAGACCGCGCGCUAGACCUCUACGGUGACAACAUCGAGGUAGACUACCGGGGAUACGAAGUCACGGUUGAAAAUUUCAUCAGAUUGAUGACGGACAGAGUGGGAGAGGACAUGCCGCGGAGUAAGAGGCUGAUGACGGACGAACGGAGUAACAUCCUCGUAUACAUGACGGGCCAUGGCGGAAACGAAUUUCUCAAGUUUCAAGACGCAGAGGAGAUCAGUGCAUUCGAUCUCGCAGAUGCGUUCGGACAGAUGUGGGAGAAGAAACGCUACCACGAAAUCCUGUUCAUGAUAGACACAUGCCAAGCCAACACCAUGUACUCCAAAUUCUACUCUCCCAACAUCCUCGCAACCGGCUCCUCAGAGAUUGACCAAUCUUCCUACUCACACCACGCCGACAACGACGUUGGCGUCGCGGUUAUCGACCGCUACACAUACUACAACUUGGAGUUUUUGGAAACGCAAGUCCGCGAUCCGACUUCCAAACUGACAAUGGGCGAUCUGUUCGACAGCUACGACGAGGAGAAGAUUCACAGUCACCCAGGUAUACGGUACGAUCUCUUCGAAGGAGGAGAGCAGGCGGCACGGGAGAGACGAGUCAUGGAUUUCUUCGGCAAUGUGCAGAAUGUAGAAGUAGAGGGGAGGAACGAGACAGGAUGGGUACGAGAGGCGGGAAGUGUGGUCAAGAUGGCGAAAUCGCAUGACCAAAGUGUUGAGAACGUUAGUUCUGAACAGGUCUCACACAGUGCACGGAGAGAAGGUGCUUGGAAAGUGGAUGAAGAGCAAGGGUGGACAAAGCAAGCCUACGGAGCCGCGGUGCUGGUAGGCUGUGCAGGCGUCUGGCUUGCGGGAAGUUGGAUAGAGUCCAUGUAG